AUGGAUCACUUAAGCAGUGGGACGCGAUACACCCCAGCAUCGGACAAAGACUGGGAUAUCGAUGUCCACUUACCAGCAUCGGACACCAAAAGACUUGAGAAGAAAAAGCGCCCAGGGAAAACUGGGGCUGUGAUUGGCGUGGUGAUCUUGGCUGCUCUUGUAGCUCUUAUGGCUGGAAUACUUGUCUGGCAUUUCCAGUUCCGUAAACAGCAGCGGGUCAAGAGGAUGUACAGCGGGUCCAUGCGGAUCACAAACCAGGCAUUUAUCAACGCCUAUGAGAACUCCAGCACUCCAGAGUUUAAGGCUUUAGCAAAGCAGGUGAUUUCACAGCUUAAAGUCGUCUAUUCCAAAAAUCCUCAAUUGUCAAAAUACUACCGCGAGUCUACAGUUCAGGCCUUCAGUGAGGGCAGCGUCAUUGCCUACUACCUGUCUGAGUUCAACGUCCCCGUGGGGCAAGAAAGAGCAGUCGACAACGAAAUGACUUCAGUAGAUACGCUAGUGAAAAAAAUGCGCAAUUCUAUGCGCACGUCUAUCAAUGAAUUGACUUUUGAAAAUGUGGUCACUUCAGCUCUGGAUGAUCGCAUGUUUUCAAGAUCCUUUCAGGAUAAUCUGCAGUUUGCAGAGCAUGCCAAGGUUGAUUAUAUAGGACAGAUCCAGUCGCCGGGUUUUCCCAACAGUCCUUAUCCUCCUAACACCUUCAUCCAAUGGCAGCUGAGAGCUGACCCCGGCUAUGUAGUCAAGCUGGUAUUUGACACAUUUGACCUGGAAGACAGCUGCGAGAAUGAUUUUGUCAAAAUCUACGAUUCCCUGGUGGCCAUCGAGAGUCUGGUUAUGGAAGAGUUGUGUGGCAAAUAUUUACCUAAUAAACCUUUGAGCUUUCUGUCCUCUGGCAAUGUAAUGUUGGUGACAAUGGCCACUCAUGACCAGUCCUUCCCUGGUUUUAGAGCACAAGUCUCACAAGUUCAAAAAGGAAAUAGAGCUCUAGCAUGUGGUGAGAAACUGACAGGUUCAAAAGGCAACUUUUCUUCUCCCAACUACCCAAAUUACUACCCUCCUAAAACUACGUGUCAGUGGUCAAUUGAGGUCCCUGCUGGGAAGGGAGUGAAGCUUGUAUUCAAAAAGUUACUGCUGUCUGAGCUGGGCUAUGAAAAAAUUACAGAGUGUAGCAAAGACUAUGUGCAGGUCGAUGGAAAGAAAUGGUGUGGAGAAAAACCUGAUGGGUCAGUGACAGAAACCAGCAACAACAAUAAAAUGACUGUGGUGUUUUAUUCUGAUGAGUCUCGUGUGGACCAUGGCUUUUUGGCACAAUAUGAGGCCAUUGACAUUCAAAAUCCUUGUCCAGACAAGUUCCAAUGCAGAAAUAACAACUGCAUUAAGCAAGCGCUAAGAUGUGAUGGUUGGAAUGAUUGUGGAGACAUGAGUGAUGAGGUGGAAUGCAGCUGCAGUUCAACUGAAAUCAGUUGUAGAAAUGGAUUCUGUAAGCCCAUGUUCUGGAAAUGUGAUGGCGUCAAUGACUGUGGAGACAACACAGAUGAGAUGGAUUGUGGGUGUAAAUCUGGGGAAAUAACGUGUAAGAAUGGAAACUGUGUUUCUGAGAAGCUGAAAUGUGAUGGAAAGGACGACUGUGGGGAUGGAACAGAUGAACAAGACUGUACAAAAGCCACAGGAGGUUUAACUGUAGGCUGCACAGAUUUUACAUACAAAUGUAAAGACAAUACAUGCAUCAGUAAAGUGAAUCCUGAAUGCGACGGGACGCCGGACUGUGGUGAUGGAUCUGAUGAGGAGAACUGCGACUGUGGGAAACGUGGGAGGACCCAACGUAUUGUAGGUGGUCAGAAUGCAGAACAAGGGGAGUUUCCUUGGCAGAUCAGCCUCCAUGCCAAAACUUUAGGUCACGUCUGUGGCGCAUCCCUCAUCAGUCCGAAAUGGCUGGUCACUGCUGCCCAUUGUGUGCAAGAUGAAGGCUCUUACAAACUCUCCCAGCCUGGCUCUUGGGAAAUUUACCUUGGCGUUCAUUCACAGAAAAGCUUAGGAGAUCCAGUUCAAAAGAGGAAUCUGAAGCAGGUCAUACCUCACCCUAACUACAACAAAUUCACCUUUGACAAUGACAUCGCCCUGAUGGAGCUGGACAGUCCUGUCACCUACAGUGACUACAUAAAACCCAUCUGCUUGCCAGCUCCGCAACAUGAGUUUCCACCUGGCCAGGAUGUGUGGAUCACUGGGUGGGGUGCCACACGAGAAGGAGGAUCUGCUGCAGUAGUGCUCCAAAAGGCUUCAGUCAGAAUCAUAAACCAAGCUGUGUGCGACGAGUUGAUGGCGGGGCAGAUCACAUCUCGGAUGUUUUGUGCUGGUGUUCUAAGUGGAGGAAUUGAUGCUUGUCAGGGAGACUCUGGGGGUCCUUUGUCCAGUCCUUCCGGCAAUCGUAUGUUCCUGGCUGGAGUAGUCAGUUGGGGUGAUGGCUGUGCUCGCAGAAACAAACCAGGCAUCUAUACAACAGUUACCAAAUUCCGUGGCUGGAUCAAAGAAAAGACAGGAGUUUAGUUUGUAUUGUCAAAUAAGGCCAAAGGCAUGGACAUAAAUGAGGACUGAGGAGGAGUGCCACAGUUAAAAAAAACCCAAAACACUCUGACUAUCCAUGAAGUGGCUUUUACUCUCAGUUGUAGCUGCAGUGAGGAACAUGCUUUAAGAGCAGUUACGACACAAUUUAGAUGCACUGUGAUUUGGGGCUUGAUGAAAUAUUUUUGAAUGUAAAUAAAUGU